UCUGUCUCUAAAUACUCCCUUCGGCUACCCUUUCGGAGCCGCAAUGGAAUUCAAGAAAGUGGCGUGAUCGAAUCAGGAUCCGAUACCGAUAACCCAAACCGAUCCGAUACGAUCUAUGGAAGCCCUUCUCUCAGGUUCUUGUUCUUCAGGCAUUUCUCUGAAAUCUCGUCUCGGCCAAGAAGGAGCACUCGGAGUUUUGGGUUCCGAAACCCUAGGAAAGCUCUCAUUCUCCUCUCAGUUCCAGAAAAUCUCGCUGAAAUCUUGGGAGAAAAGGCGAUCCCUAAACUCACUCACAAUGCAAACCCUGAUAAGAGCAGAUGGGAGCUCUGAUUCACCCAGGCUCGAUGUCUCUGUGAGUCCAAGGGUCAAUUCCCUCAGGCCUUCGAAAACGAUGGCCAUAUCAGACCAGGCGACUGCACUCGUGCAAGCUGGCGUGCCUGUUAUACGUCUAGCAGCCGGAGAACCUGAUUUUGACACCCCAACUGUAAUUGCUGAGGCUGGGAUAAAUGCCAUCCGUCAAGGCUAUACAAGGUACACUCCCAAUGCAGGCACUUUGGAACUCCGGACAGCAAUUUGUCAUAAGCUAAAGGAGGAGAAUGGGCUCUCAUAUUCGCCUGACCAGAUUCUUGUCAGUAAUGGAGCCAAGCAGUGUAUCCUGCAAGCGGUGCUUGCAGUUUGUUCACCAGGUGAUGAGGUUAUAAUUCCAGCUCCAUUUUGGGUUAGCUACCCAGAAAUGGCAAGGUUGGCUGAUGCAACGCCUGUAAUUCUCCCCACACUCAUAUCAGAUAAUUUCCUUCUAAAUCCAAAAGUUCUUGCUUCCAAAAUAACUGAGAAGUCGAGGCUGCUGAUUCUUUGUUCCCCAUCCAACCCUACUGGUUCUGUUUAUCCCAAGAAGUUGCUCGAGGAGAUUGCUGACGUGGUAGCAAAGCAUCCCAGGCUUCUGGUAUUGUCUGACGAGAUAUAUGAGCACAUCAUUUAUUCACCAGCAACACACACGAGCUUUGCUUCUUUGCCUGGCAUGUGGGAGAGAUCUUUGACCGUGAAUGGGUUUUCUAAGGCUUUUGCAAUGACUGGUUGGCGACUUGGAUAUCUUGCUGGUCCUAAACACUUUGUAUCAGCAUGUGGAAAGAUCCAGAGCCAGUCCACAUCAGGGGCCAGCAGCAUCUCUCAGAAAGCAGGACUUGCAGCUUUAGGACUGGGGUAUGCUGGAGGUGAAGCAGUUGCUACCAUGGUGAAGGCAUUCCAGGAGCGGCGUGAUUUCUUGGUGAAAAGCUUUAAAGCAAUAGAGGGUGUCAAGAUUUCAGAGCCUCAGGGUGCUUUCUAUCUAUUCCUGGAUUUCAGCUCCUACUAUGGAUCUGAGGUCGAUGGGUUUGGGCCUAUCAAGGACUCUGAAUCGCUUUGCCGCUAUCUGCUGGACAAGGGACAGGUUGCGCUCGUGCCUGGAGAUGCGUUUGGGGAUGAUAAGUGCAUACGGAUAUCAUAUGCGGCAUCUCUUUCUACGCUGCAAGCAGCAGUGGAGAAAAUCAAGAAAGCCAUGCUCCUUGUCAAGCCUGCAGUUCCUGUUUGACAAAAAUGUAAACUGGUGUUUGGAGGUGCCUGUAUCCAUCAGCGAUUGAUGUAGUUUGAACUUUUAAGAUUUGAGCGUAUGCAUUUGUACUAUAGUCAUCAAACAGGGAAUAAAAUCAAGUAUGGCAUAUUCAUGCUUUCUUCA